GUUCAGACUGAAAUCGGUGCGGAGAUCGUUCAUACUGUCAGAAUAGUGUGUGUCGAUAACGGCAAUCGUUCAGUGUAUGGGGCCUUUAGCCAAAACGCAAAGAGACACCUCUAUAAAAAAAGGAAAGAGGGUGAUGACUGGAAUGAGGUAUAAAGCAGAAGGAUCUAACGGCUUGUCCGUACCGACAACGCUUUCAGGAAAUCUCACUUGCGGAAAAAAACCCGGGAAUUGUGUGGCAAGGAAGGGUGGAGUGAGAAACCGAAUUGGUGUGGACCGACUGAUGGAAUGCGAUAACGGGGGUAGUGAUAAGAUAAGUCACGAUUUCGCUUAUCACCGUGGCAGUGCUUUAAGUACACGAGGACUAUCUGCGUUUCACACUUUGUGCUUAUAAUUCGUUUUUUUACGAGUUUUCCAGUGAUUUCUGGGCUUGUGAAAUAACAAGUUAAUUCUGAACGAUUAGUGAUUGUGUUUGUGAUGAUUUAAGCAUUCACUGACGUUGAAACCAAGCGAAAAUGUAAAGAUAUCGGCAACUUUCAUCAGCCUGAAAGACUGGGUACAACAGCACGACUGAAUGUUCGGAUUCUUCAUCUUUUAAAUUUUGGACUUCGGAAUGUAUUUGAAUUCCAGGACAAACUUAAUUUUGAAGCUUGAUUUCCAUAUCUAGUUUUUGAUUGUUAUCGAAAAACCCACCCCUUCAAAAAAGCAAAAAAUAUAUAUCGUUCUAACGAAAUUAAUUUAGUUAUUUCACCUUGUCUGUAUCACGAAUUCGGAGGCAUGUUUGACAUACAGUCACGUGGGUAGGUUUCUAUUAGUCACACAAGGAAGUCCGCAAUCUGCCAUUAGUGGUUCUUGUAAAGUUAAUUUCUCUUCUGUGCUCGCUUUGGACAAGUGAAUAAUGGCGCGGUUGGUUGAUAGGUACAAUUACUGAACUGGAUUAAACAACAACUAAUACAGUCUGCUCGAGUAACGGCAACGUCUUAACGGAAAACUUAAACUAGGCCUAACCAUGAAUUUUUCAGCAAGAGCAAGCCUUUAAUUUUGUUAAUUGUCUUAAAUUUAUAUAAAGACGCGUAAGUAAGUAAUAAAACCAUAUAGAUAAAUAUACAUACAGUUCUGGAUAUCUCCUGCUACAGUUAGCAACUGUGACAGCAACAAUGUCUUCUUAUCAGGAAGGAUCCCCUGACGAAGCGCCUUCUACUAUCUGUCCAGUCUGCCUGGAAGCAUGGAAUGCAUCCGAUCGCCUCCCCAAGUUCUUGGUUUGCCACCACUCCAUCUGCGUCACCUGCGCUGGAGGGCUUCAAAGAACUGCCAAAAAGAAGCUACCCAGAGCAUCGGCAGAGCCAUCAGCCUCUGGUCUGCAACAGCUUGGAGCUUCUCGAGAGUCCCUAGGGUCCCUGGACACGUCUACUGACGAUGUUGUGCAAGAGACUGCGUCUUGGGUUCGAUGUCCGAUGUGUCGAACUCGGACCUUCAUCGAAGAUCCCUAUUUACUCCAGACCAACUUCUACCUCAGUGGGUUGUCUAGUAGUGUGCCUGCGCCAAGACUGGUACUUUGGUGUGAGACUUGUUCAAAAGUAGCUGCUCCUGAGUGUGGCGACCACAACAUAGAGCCCAUUGAUGAAAAGAUGCGAUAUCUACAGGAAGAGCUCGUCCGAAGGACGGAUGUCCUACAAGGCUACGUGAAGGACAGCCUGAGUGCUCACGAAACACACAUGGAAGUGUACCGGUGGCUGUGCGGCAUGUUGCGCCACUCCCACUCAAAGGUCUUGGCUGCCCUCACCCACGCCGCUCAAUAUCAUCAAGCUCUUCAACAUCACACAGAGGCUCUUCAGAACCUGGUGCAAAGGGGGGAAAACCUGCUAUCCAUAAAUGAGAAUGUGAAGAAUAUCCGAAAGAUGACUUCUUUGUUGAAAGAGCUUGAUAUUCAGCAGUCUUCCAUCAUUCGAGAAGUUGAACUUCCUAUCCUGAAUGACACCUUCCAGAUACUUAGGACCCACCAAGGGCCCACGGGGUACAGCAAAGCUUUGGUGGUCUUAGAUGCUGACAAGUCAGUGACUCUGUCGCUCUAUGGCGAGAGAGAUCGUCAGCAGGUUAAUGAUUCGGAGGAUGGUGAAGCCUACGAAAGUGAUGAAUCUUCGUCUGCUCUGAAACGCGCCUUGUCUUUACAAAUGAGCCGGAGGAAGAAAGACUUUGAACACUCUAGCUCAUGGUCGUUGCAAAAAUCAACUUUAGUCAAAGAAACUGUCUCUAACUACCAGAAAUCAUUAGUAACUAAAGGUGACGAUGGGGAACUGCAAACGUCCAUGAUGUUGCAAGAAGGUAUUCCUGAUUUUCAGACAUCAAAUCAGUUAGAAGAUGAUUUUGCAAACAUUGAGCAUUCCGAUAUGUUCAAUGAAAGCAACCAAGAUAUACAAAAGGAUGACGAUCUCUUAAAUACGACAUUGACCAGUACACACAAUACAGAGAAAAUAACAAAAGCCACUAUUGACAAUCAACACAUGUGGAGUGACACCCACAGUUACAGUCUGUCAAAGGAAUCCAUUGCUGACCUUCGAACGACAGAUUUAUUAACAAGGAACAUUGCUGAUGCCCAAAGCAUAGUUCUGCUGAAAGAGCACUCGAAUGAUUCCCCUACUACAGAUCUUUCAGCAGAGGCCACUUCUACUGUCCGUAACACUGAUCUGUUGCAGGGAGUUACAGGUGAUAAUGAGAAAAUCGGUUUGUUGCAUAUCGCCUCAGAUUUCACUGCCGACGUUGCUGAUACCGAUGUGUUACACGACGGCACGAAUGAUGUCGAGAGUAUAGAUUUAUUGCAUGAUUCCACGCCAGAUUUCACUGAUGAUGUCACUCAUAUUUGUUUGUUACCAGAAGGUGCAAAUGAUAGUCAGAACUUAGAAGUAUUGCCCGCUGUUACUUCAGAUUUAACGCAGCAAGAGGCUGAAGAGGAAAUUCCUGUGAAAGAUGACGUUUUGGAUUCUUUUUACAGUGCCAGGAGAGAUGUCAUAGAUGGAGCACCUGAUACAUAUCCGUCUGCCCCGCCACAAAAUGUAGGAACCGCACCUGAAGAAGUGACCUACGAAGCCAUAGAACCAAUUGUGGUGCAUGAGAAUCACUCACUGUUGAGCUUUCCCACGGCACCUCUGCUAGAAUCUUUGCCAAGAGAUGGCACUUUUGGAAGGCAGACCGUCAGCAUAGCUAAUAGACGAUAUCCAUCUCAUCUAUAUGAUGAGGAACCAAUCAUUGAACCGGCCUCUCUCCUGAACAACACAGGCUCUCGGAGGGGAGAUGAUUCUACUGACGUUGACGAGAUAUCUCUGCAUAAAGAGAGUCCCAUUGAGAUUGCAACCACUCCGCUCGUCGCUUUAACCCAUCCAGGAGACUACGAUGCACGUCCAGAUGCAAUAAUGCUUCCAAGGAACCAAGAGGAGCGAUCCGAUGUUUCUUCGCAGCUAAGGAAUACAGAGGGAGAAGGACCCAUCAGUGAGGAAGCCGUGGCGUCACGAAACCGUCGACGCCGCGGGAAAAGAGGAAAGAAGAGACCUUCUAGCACUAGGCCGAGAAGACCAAACCCGGGAGAAAGUCAGCAACAGCAGCAGCAUCAAGAACAACAGCGCCCGAGAGGGAGGCAGAGGAGCCGCGGCAGACGCCACCAACAGCGUAGAAGAUCCAGCAGUAUGUGUCGAGUACACUAAUCUAGCCUUUCUUAGGCCCAUUUUCACUUGAAAUCUGUGGGAAAAUUAGUCUCUUGGUGUAAAAUUGGCAUUUUAGGCAUUGGAAUGGAUCGGAAAUGGUCACUACAAUUAGUUAAUUAUUAAUUACACUUAUAACAGUA